UUGUAUAAAUGUUAAAGCUGUGCGCGAGUCUACGCAAUGUCCAGAAAACCCGUUAAUCAGAACAAGCAACUAUCAAUGUCUGCAUUCCUUGGCCUAGACAAGAAUAGCCAGAGCCAAUCGUCGCAAUCACGAAAAAAUGUUUUGGCAGCAAGGACAGCAAGAGCAAAGUUUUAUAAUCCCAUUUAUCUCGACUCAUCGUCAUCCGAUGAAGAUGGUGCACAGAGUCAGAGCCAAGUGCCAUCUGCGACGACGCCGACUAAGAAUAAAGCGCCAGAUAAGGAUGCCAAUGGUAAUGCGCUUAUCAAACGAUAUAGCUUUGAUAAUGCUAACCAAUCGCCUCUAGCACCACUGCCAACAAAUGUUGCAGCCAAGAACAAAACUCCCACAAAGCCAGCCGUCGCUGGGGGCCUGAAAUUAAACUUUGAUAACUUCGAUGAAGUGCUCAAACAAGAUGCAACCUAUCAGGCUACGUUAUCAAAGCUCAAUGGACACAUUAAUAAGCUGUCCGUAUCACCACGUAAGGCACUGUCAUUGUCCCAGUCCCCACUUAAAUUGGAUGCCAUUGAAUCACCAAAAUUGAGCAAUUCAAAUGCAAGCAGCACCUUGGACGACAGCUUUGAUGCGAUGGUUAAGAAGACUCCAAAAGAGGAGCCUUUGUCUGACACGCCGACCCAGCUAUUUUUGCCACCUACCAACUUGGCACUAACUGCUACCCAGUCAACUACGUCCAGCUCCGUGCCGAGUGUGCCGGAGAAACCAGAACCUGUGCCGGCAGCAACCACUGCCAAGCCCAAGCUUAAAAUUGUAUUUGAUAACUCACUGGCCGACUAUUUGCGUGAUCUAGGUCAGUAUGAGAUAGGUAUAGCCAAGACUGAUUUUGGCCAGCAAAAUGAGACAAUGCUAAGGAACACCAUGGGCCUGUACAAGUCCAGGUACAUAGAGCUAAUGGAGAAAUACUGCGAGGUGAUUGAUCAAAUACCCGCGGUUCAUUUCAAUGAAAUCGCUGGCUUCGAGGCGAACACCUUUCUCAAGCUAAAGGUCAUGCGUCAGAAGUUUAAGGCGCGCACACAACUCCUGGAGCGACAAAUCGAGCGUAAACGUCAGCAGCGAGAAGCGCAACCAGACCAGCCGGACUUUGAUGCAUUGGAGCGGGAGGAGCGCGAGAUGCAGGCGGAACAGCGGCAAACAAAUGCGCUAACGCCCAGUAGCUGUGCAACGGGUCCUUCAGAGGAUCCAAAUGAGGAGGAGCUCAACGACCUGGUGUUAAUGACAAAGCCAGCAACAACAACAAAAACAAAUACAACAAGCAAAAGUUAUGUUAAUGAUGCACCUGAUGAUUUGGACGACCUGGUGCCCAUGGAUGGUCCAACGCUGGAGUCGGAUGAGGAUGAUUAUCUAGCGCAGAGCAUACGACUCGAUGAGGAGGAACUUAGCACCUCAACACAAUACGCUCCACUCGUGCCAGCUGAGCCGGCCAAGGCCACAACUAUUGUUGAUUCCGAAGAUGAUUUCGAGGACACGCUGAGGCAAAUACGCGAAGAGCACGAGGCGCUACAGGGACGCAAAUCGCAGUACAAGAACUAUGCCUACGCGGACUUUGAGGCUGUCAAGCAGCCGUCUACAAAGGAACUAGAGCCUGCCCAACGCGUUAACUUUGCCAGCAAAACGCCUAUCAUUUUAGACGAUGACGGCUUUCCAGAGUACGAUCCGGCACUGUUUGAGCAGGCGCACAAGCAGGCGGUAACAUCCAGCAUUGACUUGACCAGUCACGUAGAGUUGCAGUCCAAGCCCAGCAUAAGCCGCGCCAGCAGCUCUGCAGCUGCUGCACAAAAAAUCGAGGCAAAUUUCCAUGCCAAUGUGCAUAAUGAUGGGAUCACGGGCGAAUUUGAUGGCCAGAAGUUUGAGCAUUCCACGCGUCUGAUGCAGGCGCUUAGCUUUAGCUUUGGCCUAAAGAGUUUCCGUCCCAAUCAGCUGCAAGUCAUCAAUGCGGCACUGUUGGGAAACGAUUGCUUUGUACUCAUGCCCACGGGUGGCGGCAAAUCAUUGUGCUACCAGCUGCCUGCUAUACUUACCGAGGGCGUUACUAUAGUUAUAAGUCCGCUCAAAUCGCUGAUAUUUGAUCAAGUCAACAAGCUGGCUUCGUUGGAUAUUUGCGCCAAGAGCAUGUCCGGAGAGCAAACUUUAGAUGAGGUUAUGACUAUAUAUAGGGAUUUAGAGUGCCAUCCGCCGCUGGUCAAACUGUUGUAUGUGACGCCCGAGAAGAUUUCCAGUUCGCCGCGCUUUCAGGACACACUCGAUCAGCUGAGCGCCAACAACUAUAUCAGUCGCUUUGUCAUAGAUGAGGCCCAUUGUGUUUCUCAAUGGGGUCAUGACUUCCGGCCCGACUACAAGAAGCUGGGCAUUUUACGGAAACGCUUUCCCAAUGUGCCAUCCAUGGCGCUGACGGCCACGGCUACGCCACGCGUUCGCCAGGACAUAUUGCAGCAACUGAAUCUGACGCAUUGCAAGUGGUUCCUGUCCAGCUUCAAUCGCAGCAAUUUACGCUAUCAGGUGCUGCCCAAGAGGGGCGCCUCCACGUUGGACGAUAUACGCAGCUUUAUACAAACCCGGGCAGUGACAGCCAGCGGCAUUAUCUACUGCCUGUCGCGCAAGGAAUGCGACGAGGUGGCGCAGAAGAUGUGCGCUGUGGGCAUACGCGCAGUUUCCUAUCAUGCGGGCUUAACGGAUGCGGCACGCGAGUCCCGCCAAAAGGAUUGGAUAACGAACAAGGUGCGUGUGAUAUGCGCCACAAUUGCGUUUGGCAUGGGCAUUGAUAAGCCCGAUGUGCGCUUUGUGCUUCACUAUUCACUACCCAAGUCCAUUGAGGGCUAUUAUCAGGAGGCAGGUCGUGCGGGACGCGACGGCGAAAUAGCCGAUUGUAUACUCUACUAUAACUAUAGCGACAUGCUGCGCCUGAAAAAGAUGAUGGAUGCUGAUCGCGCGUUGCAGUACCAUGUCAAGAAGAUACACAUCGAUAAUCUGCAUCGCAUUGUGGGCUACUGCGAGAAUAUCACCGAUUGCCGUCGUGCCCAACAGCUGGACUACUUUGGGGAACAUUUUACCAGCGAGCAAUGUCUGGAGGAUCGACGCACCGCCUGCGACAAUUGCCUGAAGAAGCGCAGCUUUAAGCAAAUCGAUGCCUUGGAGCAGUGCCGUAAGGCGGCGUGCGCUGUGCGAGACUUGUGCAGCGGGCGCUCACGCUUCACGCUGCUCCAUUUAGCGGAUGUGCUCAAGGGCUCCAUGAUCAAGAAGAUUGUCGAAUUUGGGCACAAUAAAACGCCACAUCAUGGUGCUCUUAAGGACUGGGAUAAGUCAGAUGUGCAGCGUUUAUUGCGACAUAUGGUGCUGCAGGAUUACCUCAAGGAGGAUCUUAUCUUCACCAAGGACAUACCACAGGCGUACCUUUAUCUGGGCAAUAACAUAACCGCACUUAUGAAUGGCACGCCCAAAAUCGAAUUUGCUCUGUCACGCAAGGAGACUGGCGGCUCCAAGACGGUGGCCACUGUCUCUGAACCCGCUGCAGGAGGCAAAAACGAAAUGAUUAAUCUGCACGAGCGCUGCUAUGCGGAUCUGCUUGAUUUAUGCCGCACCAUAGCCGCCGCGCGCGAUGUAACCAUGGCUAGCAUUAUGAAUAUGCAGGCCCUCAAGGCCAUGGCCGAGGAGUUGCCGACCACGGAGCAGGACAUGUGCUCCAUACCACACGUAACCAAAGCCAAUUUCGAUAAGUAUGGCGCUAAACUGUUGGAAAUUACUAGCGGCUAUGCCACAGAGAAGGAAUGUCUGCAGGUCAUGCACGACAUGGAGGCAGCUGAAGCGGCAGCUACUGCGCCUGUGACACCGCAAGCUUCGAGCAGCGCGCGCGCCUCCUGGGCGGCACAAGGUGGUGACGAUGAUGACUGGGGGCGGGCGGCGGCAUCGCAGGGCUCGAGUAGUUCAGCGGGAGGAACGCGUGGUGGCAAGCGGAAGCGUGCCUGGCGUGGACGUGCAACGAGCACCACCAAACGCUAUAAAAGCGCUGCAUCGCCGCGCAAAAAAGCCACGCCUGCCAAAAGCACUCGUGGCGCCAGCAGCAGCAGCCGUGGCGCCAGCAGCAGCAGCCGUGGCGCCAGCAGCAGUCGUGGCGGCGUCGUAUCCAAGCGAGGCGCUGCCAGCGGUGCGUCCGGUUGGUUGAGCAAGAAAACGGGCACCAGCAGCGGUUUCCAAUUGAUGCCGCUGCCCGGUUCGCGUUAGCUUGAAAAGAGUAAAAAGAGCGAAACAAUAAA